UUUCUUCAUCACUCACUCUUUCACUCUCAAAAGAACAAAAAAAAAAGAAAAAACACACCAUAAUGUAUCGCGUUCUUCACCGCAGUUUCUGCACCUUUGCAGAAGAAUCAACCACCGUCGCCACCACCAACAUCAAAUCCAUUUCACAAGACCUCUUCAAAGAAAAGGAUCUCAAAACACUCGUUGAGAAGUUCAAAAAAGCUUCUGAUAUCGUUCGCUUCCGUAAAAAAUCCGGCAUAUAUGAAGACACCGUCCGCCGCCUCGCCGGAGCUAAACGCUUCCGAUGGAUCCGCGACAUUAUUGAACAUCAGAAGAAUUACUCGGAUAUUUCCAAUGAAGGUUUCUCUGCGCGUCUCAUUUCGCUUUAUGGUAAAUCGAACAUGCAUAGACAUGCACAGAAACUGUUUGAUGAAAUGCCUCAGAGAAACUGUAACCGUUCCGUGCUUUCUGUUAAUGCUUUGUUAGCUGCUUAUUUACAUUCUAAGCAAUAUGAUGUUGUUGAGCGUCUUUUCAAGGAGCUUCCUGAUAAGCUCUCUGUGAAACCUGAUUUGGUUUCGUAUAAUAUUUAUAUUAAGGCGUUGUUGGAAAAGGGUUCUUUUGAUUCUGCUGUUUCGGUUGUUGAUGAGAUGGAGAAGAUUGGUGUGAACACUGAUUUGAUCACGUUUAAUACUUUGCUUGAUGGGUUGUAUUCAAAGGGUCAUUUUGAGGAUGGUGAGAAACUGUGGGAGAAAAUGGAGGAGAAGAAUGUUGUUCCUACUAUUAGGACUUACAAUGCAAGGUUGUUGGGAUUGGCUAUGGUGAAGAAAACUGGUGAAGCUGUUGAGUUUUAUGAGGAAAUGGAGAAAAAGGGUGUGAAGCCGGAUAUUUUUAGCUUCAAUGCUUUGAUCAAAGGUUUUGCAAGUGAAGGGAACUUGGAUGAAGCUAAGAAGUGGUUUGAUGAAAUAGGAAAAUCUGAGUAUGAACCUGGUAAGGGCACUUAUUCUAUAAUUCUUCCUUUUUUGUGUGAGAAGGGUGAUUUGAAGACGGCCUUUGAGAUGGUUAAGAACAUAUUCUACAAUCGCUGCCGUGUUGAUGUAUCGUUGUUGCAACUUGUGGUGGACAAAAUGGCGAGUGAGUCCAUGGUUGCAGAGGCCAAGGAGAUUGUCGAAAAAGGGAUAAAGAAUAAUUUUUGUCGCUAUAAGCUAAAUUUGCCGGUAGAUGAGUGAGUAGUAAGUUUUGUUUCUUGUGUCAUUAUUAUUAAUUUUGAACUUCAUAUGUUUUACUAGUCAUAAUGGUGAAUUGACAAUUGCCUCCAUGAAUGGGUCUUGUUUUGCAAUCUGAGCUUUGUAACUGAUUGCUUGAAAAUGCCAUUUUCUGCCUGAUGAUUAUUGGUUCCUUUCCUUGUUGAAUAUCAGCCCUUAAAUUUUCCUA